CAUUAUUCAAGCUUGGCAGUGAGGAAAUGUUGAAUGGUAGUUUGCAUACCCUUGUGCCACCCUCAGCAGUAACUUGUUCUGCAGUUGGAUACUUUUCUCUACGUGGCGCUUCUUUCGGUCCAUGUUUAGCAGUAGCAAAGGGUACAGUGUUGGAGCUUUAUCAAAUUUAUUUUGAACACAAAAGGUUUCUCCUGAUUUCUGUUUUCAACUUGUAUGGAAGACCAGAGAAAAUGCUUUCCAUCCGACGGAGCAUCGGCCGUUGUGACUAUUUAGUGCUGAUAUUUGGAGGUGGCACUCGCUGGAGUUUGCUGAAAUGGAGUGAUAAGUCGCAGGUUUGGGACACGAUUCAACUGAUAGAUUUGUAUACCACCAUAUAUCAAUCCGUGACCAUUCAACAAGCAGAGUCCUUUGAAGGCAUUUUAGAUAGCGUUUUACUUGAAAACUUAGCUAGAACGUCCUCGCGCUCCACUUCGUUAGUAACGAAAGAAGAGCCUCCCAUUUUUCGAGAUAUUAUGGAUGCCAAAGUUGAUCCUGAACACGGUCUGAUUGCAGUACUUAUAAGAAAGAAAAAUCUUCUUCUUAUUGCAAAGUAUCCUAUCUUAUCACAUCGAGAUAGUCUCUCGGCAGAAUGCAGUUCAAACAAAUUGCUUUCUGAUCCAGUUAUACUAGACUUGAGGAGGCUGGGGCAUUUUGAGACCAUUCAUUUCUGUUUUAUGUUCGGUUAUUCUCUCCCAACUUUAGCUCUCUUAGAAGAAAAAACUCCGACAUGGUCUGGGAGUUUUUCAGUAACCAGAGAUAGUCGCCUUGUUUCUGUCGUACAGUUCGAUUUGUCUGAUAAAAAAAUGAAAAGAAUAUGGCAAGUUGAAGAACUACCUCAUGAAUGCUUUAUGGUUUCUAGCGUACCAUUUUUGCAGGGAGGUGGUUUUCUUGUAUUUGGAUGGAAUAUUAUUCUUUAUUUUCGUGAUGGUAGCUUUGUGGAUGGAUUAUCUUGCAAUGAUUUGGGAGAUGUUUACCUUUCCAAGUGGAGUUUGAGGUCACAGGAUGCUCCAAUUUCGCUUGAUGGCUGUGAAGUUGUUUCGGAAUUCGAUAGUCAUGAUACUUUCAUGAAAAAUCCCGUUAUAAUUCUUAGAGAUGGGGCUUUUUUUGAGUUAUGCAUUCCAAAGAAAGGAGGCGAUUCUGUUAUAUCCCUUCGUUAUUGUAAAAUUUUGAUACAACCUUCAACUGUCUCAUACUGUGGAAAUGGUUUGAUUUUUUUAGGUUCUCAUGUUUCUCCUUCUGCUUUGUUGGAAAUUAUUUGGAAGAACUCUACUGAAUUACAUCCUGAGGACGACGAAUUGGAAAGCUUUUUUGGAAAGUCUUCAAACAAGAAUUUUGUCGUGGAGACCAUAGAUUCAAGAGAUUCUUUGUUUUGUAUCGGUCCUAUACAAGACCUAGAAGUUUUCGAUAAUAUUAUAGGUAGCUCUAGAAAGAUGGAGUUAAUUGCCGCAGUAGGUUCUCGAAAUUAUGGUGCUGUUAUCAUCUUUCGACGAACCGUAAGCCCGAGUCUUUUGACGUCCAUCCGUUUAGAAGAUUGUCAACAAAUUUGGAAUGUUUUAUGCCAACGGAAAAUGGGAGAAAGGAAUGGAAGCGUUCCUCUUUUAAUUUUAAGUACGCAGAGAAAUACAAUUGUUUUAUCAGUCUCGGACACAAUAGACGAACUUGUGGACAGUCAAUUUCAAACAUCUUCGCGUACUUUGUGGGUUUCAAGGGUUCUGCAUGAUCGCUACAUUAUUCAAGUAUUUGAUGAAGGCUUGCGAAUCUUAGGAAACUGGGACAGUUUGAUCAGUCUUUACGAAUUACCACCUGGAGAUGUAGUGACUCAAGCAUUUGUCUGUGAUCCUUACGUUAUGCUUCAUCUUUCUAGUAGUUAUUUAGUGAUACUAAAAAUUUCUUUGGACGACAGAGUUUCUUCUUCGGAUGGAAACAAAGUUGCAUUUGAGCAAGUAUUUUCUACUUCUCAUUUGAGUAUCAUUUCGUCCUGUACUUUUAGUUGUAGUUACGAUAAGAGCUAUCAUGAUGAACAGCGGAACGAAAUGAAGUUGGAUGGAGUGAUAAGCGAUGUUUCUGAUGAAGAGUAUGAUAGUCUGUUUGCAACGUCGUCGGUUCCAUUUGAAUAUUCCUUUUUACAUCCUAGUCUGAGACACAACUAUAUACCACCUACGUUGGAAUUGAGUCAGCAUUCGAACAGGAAACAAGAAGUUGCUAUUAUUGUUCAUCCAUUUGUGGGUAUUCUAUCACGUGAAGGUUUUCUAGAAAUUUAUGACGUUGUCUCGAAGCAACUUUGUUUCUUCAACAAAUCUUUACUUUAUUUUCCGAGAAUACUUGUUAAUGACGGUGAGAAGACAACUCGAACUCGUGGAGUCUCUAGAGGAACUUUCAAACUUGAUCCACAAGAUGUAGAGGUCAGGAUAUACGAAUUUCCAGGUGAGAAUGAAAGAGCAACAGAAGCUUCUUGUUUGUGGUUGUUUGUUCGAUAUCGAAAGGAAUUGUUGGCUAUUUAUCGCGGCAAUUUUCAAUUGGAUGAAAACGAUAUCUUUACUUUUGAUUUUUGUCGUGUUUCACUAUAUUCAUUAGAUGUUGACAGUCCUUCAGUCAAUAUUGAGAACAAUGUGAUACCACAUCUUAGACCUUUUUAUAAUCUUUCUAGUCAUUUUGGAGUCUUUCUUACAGGUUCUGUACCGAGCAUCAUUGUAUUAAGUAAGGGAUAUCCUCAAAAACAUGAGAUAAUGAUAGAUUCUGGAGUUGAGUAUGGAGAUAUACUCUCUAUUACGAAUAUGGGAGAUCCAGAAAAUAAUCGGAAACUAUGGAUAUUGGAUAGUAACGGAAGGAUUCAUUUUGGGGAAAUUAGAGAGACGCAGUUGGAGUCUAUCAACUGGGCUUGGCCUGUUGAAGUGUUUCGAAUGAAUGGCUGCGUUAAGAACGUGGUUUAUCAUGCAACAACGGGUACAUUUGGGGUUGUAGUUAGUUCUAUAGUUUCUAUGAGUAGACUAGAAAGAAAAAGACAAAUUUUUGAAAGGCAGAAACGUGACGAACGAGCCAUUUUGGGUUCUCAGGCUCCUCCCGAAGAAGAGAAUAAUACUGAGUUCGAAGAAAAUGAACCCAAGAAUGCCUUGCCGAUUGAAGUAGAAGCGUAUGAGCUUCAAAUAUAUCGAGCAGAUACUUGGGAAUUGGUGGAUAAGUUUGCAUUUAAGGAAGAAGAAGCAGUUUUAUCUGCAACUUUCAUGCAGGUUGAUGCGUAUAAGAUAACUGAAGAAGAAAAUAAUGAUGACAAAUCUUCCAGAGCAACGCAGCAACAAGCUGAAGCAGCCAUCUCUCAAAGCUCUCGUUCGAUAAAGUUCAAGCCUAAAGAGUGUAUUGUGAUUGGCACCGGUUUUAUCAAAGGUGAAGAUGCAGGAACUCGUGGAAGGCUUAUGCUUUUUGAAGUUGCUAGGCAAGAAGCUUAUACUGAGGAGUCCGGAGCCUUUUCUGCCAUUCAACUGAUGCUAAUUGCUGAGAAGGAACUAAAGAGUGUAGUUUCCAGUAUUGCUAGAUUGGAGGGUUAUAUCUGCUGUGCGGUCGGUCCAAAGGUGGAAAUAUACAAAUUAGUGAAUGAAAGUGAACUUGUUUGUUGCUCGUUCUAUUCAGGUUUUCAACUAUUCUCAACCUCAAUCAAUACUGUCAAGCAGUAUGUUUUUGUUGGAGACAUGUACAAAGGCGGCUAUUUUCUGUUUUGGAGAGAUAGAAACAAGAGUCUCAACUUUUUAGGAAAAGAUUUCGACCCCGUUCAAACAUUAUCUACUGAGUUUUUGAUCCUAAAUGAGUUCAUCCUGUUUGUUGUAUCCGACAACUUUGGAAACUUGCAUUUGUUGGAAUACGCGGGUCCACAUGAAAUAGAAUCGAGAGGAGGUGAAAAGCUGCUUAGAAGAGGCGUCUUACAUUUAGGUACGAGAAGUAGUAGCAUGAUUCGAUUAAGGACGGAUUGGAAAGAAAAUAAUUCAGAAGAUAGAGCAGGAUCACAUAUAGUGGUGCUAGGAACAUGGGAUGGUGGUUUGGCAUGUCUGCUUCCUUUACAACAAGAAGAAUACGAACAAAAAAAUGAACUAUUGAAAAAGGUGUAUCUUCAUAGUUACUCUCUUUAUGUAGCAGGAUUAAAUCCACAAGAAUUUCGAAUUCCUCGUGGCCUCUCCAAGAAAACAAGAACCUUUGGUGAACGACUAUUAGAUAGUACUUUGCUUUCUUCGCUACAGGGACUAGAGUACACCAGUAUUGUUGAAAUAGCAAAAAGCUGUGGCCUUGAUGCCAGUCAACUUUUGAAGCAGUCACAAAUCUGUGGAAACGAAUUUUCUUCUAAAUUAUUCCAUGAUAAACUAUAACUUACUUAGUUCUUAGAUUUAUCUUCCUUGGACUCAUUGUAUUUAA